AUGGUAGAAUUAGAUGAUUUGCAGGUAGAUGUUGACUACAAAAACCAGGAUGGGCAAUCAGUCGGAGAUGCUCUGAAAAGAUUGGAAUUCCAAAGGCAAGAAAGGCUCAAAAUUGUGCCUACUCUAGAUACAGACGUUAGACGAGCACUAGAGCUAGUGGGAGAGCCCGUUGAUAUCGCUGGCGAAGAUAAUUAUUCUCGCAGAGAUCGACUUUCUGAUCUUAUUCUUAGCGAUCCAAAAGCCAGAGAACGAGUUACAAGGUUAGUAGAGUCAACUUCCAAAGACCAGACGAAAAUCGAUACUGAAAGAAGUAAAGUAGAUGAUGAAGACGAGGAGUUCUACACUCCAGCAUCACAGCAGUUGAUAGAAAUGAGGAAGUUUCUUAUAAUAUACUCUAUGCAACGCUCUAAGCUGAGGCUUGAGGAGGAGAGACGAAGACUUGUCAGCCAAAAUGUGAAAAACGUCAUAAGUAAGCGAAGGGACCUGGAAAGUAAAUUGAAACAGUUCUCUUUGAAGGGAAUGCAGGUGAUAGAUGAGAAACCUAUUUCUGAAAUUAAUACUUCUCCUGGUGGAGACCUGAUGGCUUGUGGCAGUUGGUCCGGAAAUUUGUCUCUGGUCGAUAAUUCGUUGUCCAAAAUCUACUGCAAUAGAUCUUUAUCUGGCACAAAGAUUAGUGGAUUGGAUUGGAGCGUGGACUCUAAAAACAUUUUUGUCUGUACCCAUGAUGGACGCAUUGUAAUAUAUGAUAGUGGUGAUGAAACCACAGUUAAGAUCUUGUAUAAAAAUGAUGCCAGGUUUGCCCAAGUACGAUGCCAUCCAUGUAAUAGUUUUAUUGGAAGUACGUCUUUUGACAAAACAUGGAUCCUGAUAGAUACUGUGAAACAAGCCCCUAUUUUGAUUCAGGAAGGUCAUUCUGCGGAGGUUUUCUCACUAUCUUUUCACAAUGAUGGCUCAUUGGUGAGUACAGCUGGUUUGGAUGCAAUUGCAUUAAUAUGGGACAUACGGUCCGGUAAAAAUAUCAUGUCAUUACAGGGACACUCAAAACCUAUUUAUUCCGUUGACUGGUCCCAAAAUGGAUAUCAGCUUGCGUCUGGUAGUGGUGACGGGACUAUAAAGGUUUGGGAUAUUAGGAAAAAGGGAAAUGUGGAAACGAUCUUAGCUCACAAUAGCAUUGUUUCACAAGUCAAAUUCAAUAAGCAAAACGGAGGAUAUUUAGUGUCGAGUGGAUAUGACAAGAAAGUAAAUAUCUUCAAUGAUGGGAACUGGAUAAAGGAACGAAGCCUUGAAGGGCAUCUUGAUAAGGUUAUGUCAAUUGAUAUUGUAGGUCCUGAUAUAUAUAGCGCGGGUUGGGACCGCUCAGUUAACAAAUGGGGAGUCUAA